AUGAACAAUGGGAAGUUGUUUGGCAAAGGAAAAUUCUCAUCCUCCAAAAAUGACAAGAGAGAGUUCAAGAAGAAGGAUGGGAAAGACUUAUCAUCAACCCAAGGAAUCAUGUGCUAUGAAUGCAAUGGCCAUAGGCAUCUAAAGAAAGAAUGUCCAAAUUAUUUGAGAGGAAAUGAUAAAGUACUUGCUAUUACCCCUAGUGACUUGAAGAGCUCAAACUCCGAUACAAAAGGAGAAUGUGACAGUGAUGGAAACUAUUCAGUUUUCAUGGCAAUUACCACUGUUGAUUCUAUAGAUGAGUUGAGAGAUUUGGUUGAUGAACUUGGUGUACAUUUCAAAGGUGAAGAAAUUGAUGUUUCUAAAGAUGAGGAUGUGUACCUCAAUGAAGAUUAUGGCAAAUAUGAUAAGGUUGCCAAGAGUGUUGUUAAGAAGAUGAAGAAAAUUGAAGAAAAGCACAAAUCAACUUUUGUUCAACUUAAGGAUGCUAAGUGUGAAGUUGAAGAGCUAGAGGAAGAGUUACUGAAUGCUUACUCCAAAAUCAAAUUUCUUGAACUUGAAAUAAUUCAAGCAAAUGUCAAAGUGGAACGCAUCUUCACCAAGAAGUUUGACAGCGUGCUCUCUUCUCAAAAACCUUCAAAUAACAAGACCGGUUUAGGCUAUACCGGUGAAGGAAGCUCAAGCAGCGAAUCUAAGAAGGAAGUGAAGUUCGUGUUGGUCAAGAAUGUUUUGGUGAACCGGUUGAAAAAGUUCCUAGCUAGUGCUAUUCCGGAAUCUCAAAGUGCUUUUUUAUCGGGGAGGCUUAUCUCAGAUAAUGUACUUGUGGCCUUUGAAACUCUGCGUCACCUUAAAAGGCAAACCAAUGGGAAGGUGGGCCAGAUGGCACUGAAGCUUGAUAUGAGUAAAGCUUAUGACAGGGUUGAAUGGGAGUUUUUGGAACGAGCAAUGAAGCAUCUUGGGCUUGGAGAACGACUAGUAAGGCUUAUUAUGUCUUGUAUUACUUCAGUUUCCUACUCUGUUCUUCUUAACGGGCAACCUGUUGGUAAUAUCAAACCUAGUCGUGGUCUUCGUCAAGGUGAUCCUCUGUCGCCUUACCUUUUCCUUAUGUGUGCCAUGGGAUUACAAAGUUUGCUGAAUAAAGCAGAAAUGGAGGGGCAAAUUCGAGGAGUGGCUAUAUGUAGAAAUGGACCAAAAGAGGUUCAAGCCCAGAUUCAACAGGUGUUGGGUGUCCCUGCUAUUCGACACUUUGAAAAAUAUUUGGGUUUGCCGGCAUUGGUGGGUAGAGCAAAAAAACAGAGUUUCAUCUACAUUAAAGAAAGGGUGUGGAAAAAGCUUCAAGGGUGGAAAGAAAAACUCCUAUCUCAAGCAGGUAGGGAAGUGCUGAUUAAGGCGGUAAUACAAGCAAUUCCGACCUAUACCAUGAGUAGCUUUAAACUCCCUAAGGGGCUAGUCAGAGAACUGGAGGGCAUGAUUCGUAAAUUUUGGUGGGGUUGUAGAGGAGAGCAUCGGAAAACUCAUUGGGUAAAAUGGGAGCGACUAUGUGAAGCUAAAGAAGUGGGUGGCAUGGGAUUCAAAGAAAUUGAAAAAUUUAAUGAUGCUCUAUUGGCUAAGCAAGUGUGGAGAAUGAUUAAUAAUCCUGAAUCUCUUUGUCAUCGAGUGUUCAAGGCUCGAUUUUUCCCGGAGUGCUCUAUAUUAGAUGCCAAGGAGUCCAAGUCAGGAUCCUAUGCUUGGAAGAGUAUUAUUGGGGCAAGAGAUGUGAUACGUCAAGGGAUGGUUUGGCACAUUGGGACAGGAGAGGCUGUACGAAUUAAGGAGGAUAGGUGGCUACCUGGACGUGCAAAUUGUUCAGUCAUCUCACCCCUUCCUUCACUGGUUCCGGAUGUGAAAGUUAGUACCUUGAUAGACCAAGAUACCAAUGCUUGGAAAACAGAGGCUGUGCAGCAACUGUUUCUACCUCAGGAAGCUGAAAUUAUUCUGGGUAUUCCUUUGAGCACUCGACGCCCCGUUGAUCGCAUCAUUUGGGCACACACACCGUCUGGUAUGUUCACUACUUGUAGUGCAUAUAAACUUUUGGUUUCCUGUGAUGCAUCUUCUAGUGCAGGUAGUUCUAAUCCUGAAGCCCAGAAAAAAUUUUGGAAGGGCAUUUGGCAGCUCCGAGUCCCAAACAAAAUCAGGCACUUUGUAUGGGGAAUUUGUAACAAUGCUCUGCCAACAAUGGUGAACCUUCAUCGGCGUCAGAUUGUUCCUAGUGCGAGCUGUGCGCUGUGUAAUGUUCUUCCUGAAGACUCUCUUCAUGCAGUGUGGUAUUGUGAAGCCAUUUCAGGUGCCUGGUCUACGUUGGAUUGGUUUCAUCAAACUGCACCACCACGUCCCACUUCCUUCACUGAACUACUUUCUAGUUUUCUGUGCAACAAAGAGGAGUUUAGAGCAGAGAUUUUCGUGAUCAUGGUGUGGUUGCUGUGGAAUAGGCGUAAUGCAAUCCAGUUUGGUCACCCGCCUCUUCCAGUGGCUAGUAUUUGCAGUUCUGCAGGUAUUGGGAUCAUUGCCCGUAAUCAUGUUGGUGAAGCAGUGGGUGCUCUGUCCUCGCCCAUUCCAAUGGCCCAGUCCGUGGCAGAUAUAGAAGCCUUAGCAUGUUUGAAGGCUGUUCAGUUUGCAUUGGAAAUUGGCCUCAACCGAGUUGUGAUUGAAGGAGAUUCAGCAGUCAUCAUCAAUGCUCUUCUUCACGGUGCGGGUGAACUAGCCAGUUUCGAAAACAUCUUGGAUGAUAUUCGUUUACACUCCUCUGUUUUUCAGUUUGUGGAAUUUGUUCAUGUUAGUUGCAGUUGUAAUUCAGUGGCUGAUGCUCUCGCUAAGAAAGCUAAGUCAAACGUUGGGGAUCAGAUUUGGCUGAAUGAUUUGCCAUCUGAUAUUGCUCCGUUAGUUUUGCAUGAUGUUCACUAG